AUGCAAAACCUGAUGGAUGGCAAAAGCUGCCAUAACCUUAUGGACAAGCUGUCUGUCUGUACCGAGACUCAGUGCACACAGCUGGCCAGGCCUUUCUGUGCUGACCCAAUGGUCACAUUUCACAUGUACCCAGAAACACCAAACCAGGUCACUUGCUCUGAAGAUCUGUCAUUCCUUCCUUUCAUGUCUGAGCAUCUCCUCAUGGAGAACUUCUGCAGUGAACCCUGACCUUAUUCCAACUACCACAGAAGUGAGUACUCCUACGGGCCAGCUUUCAUCAGGAAGAGGAAUGAGAGGGAAAGGCAGAGGGUUAAAUGUGUCAAUGAAGGCUAUGCUAAACUGAGACAUCACCUACCUAAGGAAUACUUGGAGAAACGGCUCAGCAAAGUAGAGACACUCCGUGCUGCAAUAAAAUAUAUUAGCUACCUCCAGUCUGUUCUGUACAGUGAUUCUGUGGUGGCAGAAAAAAAUGUAAUGGAGCCAAGCCAAGUACCUAAAGCAAUUAACAAACAAAACCAGUUUUUGAAGACGAUCUAA